AAUGUCCCAAAAAUGUUGAAAAUGCGGACAUCAGAACUUUCACUGUGAAAAUAUAUGUUUUUCCCACAUUUUCAAAAUUUGAAACGGGUCAAUUUCACCCGCAGGACAACACGAGAGUUCAUCCUAUUUUUUUUUUUCUGAGGCCAGUCGUGACUGCAGGUAACUUUUCCUGCGUUUGGAGGUUUGGACUGUGCGUCAUGGUGGCAGUGUGGAGCUGCUCUCUACUCCUCUGCAGCUCUGGUGGAAAUCCAACCACUAGAGCAGAAAAGACAUCUGCAUCGCAGCGAAAGCAUAAAGAAUCCUGUAUUUUAGUCAUCUAAUGACCCGCAGACUUAACGCUGUGUCAUAGUUUCUCCGCUGGGAUGUCGUCAUCUGAAAAUGCUGCGUCACACGAAGUCCCUGAAGCAUCACCUCCAGCAUCGGAGCCUGAAGCCCUGAGGAUCGUUCUGUUGGGCAGGACUGGGACCGGCAGAAGCUCUUCAGGCAACACCAUCCUGGGCAGGUCUGCCUUCUGCGUGGACGUGUCUCCAUGUUCUGUAACCACACGGUGCAUGAGGCAGAGCGGGACGGCACAGGGGCGGAGUAUCUCUGUUAUCGACACUCCGGGGUUCUUCCACACACACCUGUCCCCUCAGGAGGUCAUGGCAGAAGUGGGUCAGUGUAUGGGUUUGUCCUCUCUGGGACCCCACGUCUUCUUGGUGACCCUGCAGCCCGGUAGGUUCACCCAGGAGGAGAGGGAGGCCUUGGAGUGGAUCAAAGCCAGAUUUGGGCCUGAUGUCACCAGGUUUAUGAUGGUGCUGUUCACAUGGGGGGACCAGCUGCAGGGAAAACGUGCGGAGAACUUCCUGGAGAAGAGCCAGGAGCUGUCGGAGUUUGUCAGCAGCUGCCGUGGGGGGCAUCACACCUUUGAUAACAGCGGUCAGGACAAGACAACAGAGUGCUCACAACAAGUCUCGGACCUUCUGGAGAAGGUAGACAAGCUUGUGGCGGACAACGGAGGUGGUUGCUACAGCAGCGAGAUGUUCAAGGAGGCAGAGAGCGCCAUAAGGGAGGCACAGGAGAGGAUUCUGGGAGAACGCUGCGUGGAAUCUCCUCAGAAGGAGGCUGAAAACAAGGAGGAGCAGUCACCAGACCUAGAGAGGAGGAGGAAGGAAGAGGAGCAGAGGAGGAGGGAGGAGGAGGAGGACAGGAAGAGAGCAGAGAGGCUCUUCUGGUGCGAGCUGGUGAGCGCUGUGGGGAAAGGUGCUGCAGAGGGAGCAGGGAUCAUGGGGAAGGACAAGGGCAAAGGGAAAGCGGUGAAGAAGGCGAAGGUGGUGGAGAAGGCAGCGGCUCUGGCAGCGUCUCCGCUCUCCAUCAGCUCAGCCGCUAAAGCAGUGGGAGGAGCUGUGAGGGAAGGAAGUAAGGUGUUAUACAAACACAGAAAAACGUUCCUGCGCUGAAGGAUGCUUCACUUAACCCUCGUGUUGUCCUGCGGGUCAAAAUUGACCCGUUUUAGUUUGAAAAUGUGAAAAAAUAUAUAUAUCUUCACAGUGAAACUUCUAAUGUCCACAUUUUCAACAUUUCUGGGAAAGCUUUGAACAUUUUUGGUGGAAAAAAGAAAAAUUAAAAAUGUUUCUUAAGAACAUUCACAAAAAAAAAUCAACCAAAAUCCAGCGAAAUUCGCUGGAUUUUGGUUGAUUUUUUUUGUGAAUGUUCUUAAAGAAAAUAUUAGGAGUUUUACUGAUAUAUAUGGAGUCACUUUAGAUGUUUCUAGGAUUUUUUGGAAGAUUUUUAGUAUUUUUUUUUGAAAAUGUUACAAGAAUUUUCUUGCCAAAUUUGGGGGAUUUUUUUUUUUUUUACAUAAUUUUUUUAAGGAAUUAUUGGAAUUUUCUUCCUGAAGGUUUUACACAUUUUCCAAAAUUUGGGGAAUUAUUUUGCUGAAUUUUUGGAUUUUUUUUCAGACAAGGAAACAAUAUUUUUUGGUGCCUGUAAAUGAGGACAACAGGAGGGUUAAAACAUGUACAGUUAUAGAUUCAAAUUUUUAACAUGUGACAGUAGGUUUAUUCUGGCUGGAAAUCACAUGAAGAAGUGACAAAAUAUGUUGAUAGAUUGUGUUAAAGAUGUUAAUAACACAUUUUAGCUACUUUCUACAAAACAAAAAUUGUGUCCAAAAUUAUUCAUACCCUGAAAUUGUCACAGAUCUUUAAGAAAAUGGAAGCUUUUAUAAUUUUUUUUUCUUUUUUUAAACCAGAAGCCAAGCCAGGCUAAAGAUUUUAGUUACAGGCACAUUUUAAUUAAUUUGCAGGUUCAGUAAAUAUUAGACACCAGAUUUGUGGCUGCUACUCUUGUUUAUGAUGUUUGGUUGGGCAGUGAGCGCAGCUAAUUCCUGGCAGGAUACGGUUAUAAAUAAAUAUGGGCUUCGCUGUUUGGUCUUGAAAACACAUACUAUAGAGGUGAUGACGUGUGAAAGAAAAACUCACUCAACUGUGUUUUCUAUUGUGCAUCACAAGGGAUGUCUGAUAAUAUCGGCCCACAGAUAUUAUCGGACCAAUACUGGCAUAAAAAUGUAGUAUCGGUCAAAAUCAUUACUUUUAUUUUUUUUUUUUUUACUAUCAUGAAAACCGAUAAACUAAUGCCUGGAUUUCCCCGGCAUUUACCUGCACAAAAAUGAUCACAUCAUCAAACUGCGUCGUGAAUCGUGUAAACAAGUCAUGUGGCUGCUGUAACAACAUGUCUGCUUUGGAAUUAUUUCCAAGCCCACAAAUAUCGGCAUCAGUAUCAGUGUCAGUUGAUAUCAGAAUCAGAAAUUGAGAGUUGGCCAAUAUCGGCAUAUCGGACAUCCCUAUGCAUCACCUAUCACAUGCUAGAAAUCUUCAAUCACCACAACGCACGAGCACUUUCAGAUCAUCCUGGCAAAUAAGAAUGCAUGUCUGUGUGUGUCGUAAACAUACUUAUUUUGUGUUUCAGCGGAAAUGAAUGGGUAAAAAAAAGAACAUAAACACACUUGUGAGCUUUGAGAAUUCACGGUAUAAUAAAAGGUAAAGUCACAAACGCCGUGUGCAAUUCAGCGUCCUGUGACUAACAUAUUUGUAUUUGUAAAAAAAUGGUUAGUCUCUUACAGAAAUGUUCCCAUUUGUACCCCUGACACAAUGACACAAUUUGGCGAAGGCAAUAACAGAAGGGCGGCACAAAAUAAAGUUUAAUUACAACAUU